UUGGAUUCUGGAUAUUUUCUCCAUGCCAGUGCCAGGGCUUGGUUAAGUGCUGCGGUUAAUCAGGAUGUCCAAAUCCCAGCAGAGAAACCCAGAACAGUAUUCCGCACCAGUGAGAGCAACCCGGCCAACCAUGCAGAGCAACAUGAGGGUCAGCACUACAGCAUCCCGCUCCAGGAGGUGAAAGUGGUGUUUCCACAUGGACUGCCCUACCGCUUCCAAAUGCAGAUGAAGACGUUCAAUGAAAGCUGCCUGAUGGUGCGGAAACCAGCUCUAGAACUCCUUGGUUAUCUGAAAAGCACCAACUUUGCCCACCCGGCUAUCCGAUAUGUUAUCUAUGGGGAAAAGGGAACGGGGAAAACAAUGACGCUGUGCCAUGCUGUUCAUUACUGUGCAAAACAGGACUGGCUGGUGCUGCACAUUCCAGAUGCUCACCUCUGGGUGAAGAACUGCAGGGAGCUUAUGCAGUCCUCCUAUAACAAAGAGCGGUUUGACCAGCCUCUGGAAGCAUCUACCUGGCUUAAGAAUUUCAAAACUUCAAAUGACCACUUCUUAAAAGAGAUAAAAACACAACAGACAUACAUGUGGAGCAAACGGGAAAGUACUGAGAAGGGCAGACCACUGGGUGAAGUGGUGGAACAGGGUUUAACUCGAGUGAAGAAUGCCAGUGAUGCUGUGGGGGUUGUGCUGAAAGAGUUAAAGAAGCAGUGUCCUCUUGGUUCAUUUAGACUUCUGGUGGCGGUGGAUGGAAUCAAUGCUCUCUGGGGACGGACAGCGCUGAGGAAGAAAGACAAAAGUGCUGUAUCUCCAGAGGAACUGACGCUAGUCCACAAUCUGAGGAAGAUGGUGGUGAAUGACUGGAAUGGAGGUGCCAUUGUGACCACUCUUAGCCAGACAGGCUCUCUCUUCAAACCACGUUCUGCUUAUUUGCCCCACGAGUUGCUGGGAAAGGAGGGUUUCGACACACUGGACCCUUUCAUUCCCAUCCAGGUUUCCAACUACAGUCAGCGAGAGUUUGAGAGCUGUUAUCAGUAUUACCUUGAUCGCAAGUGGCUUCAACAUGAGAGAGGUGAGUUCUGCCCCCCUCCCAUGUGAAGGAAUGAAGACAGC